AUGAGUGUAUGCGUGUGUGAGUGCAUGUGUGUGAGUGUUGUUGGUGCCCGGGACCAAAAUCUCCCUAGCUGUUGGCUGAAAUAUGGAGAAUAGUCUUGGAUGUGUUUGGGUACCAAAGCUGGCUUUUGUACUCUUCGGGGCUUCCCUACUCAGCUUGCAUCUUCAAGUCACCGGUUCCCAGAUUAAGAGUUUUACAUCCCUCCGGUUCCUGUCAGAGCCUUCUGAUGCUGUCACCAUGCGGGGAGGUAAUGUGCUUCUGAACUGCUCCGCAGAGUCUGACAGAGGAGCUCCAGUUAUCAAGUGGAAGAAGGAUGGUGCCCACUUAGCCCUAGCAAUGGAUGAACGGAAACAGCAACUGCCGAAUGGCUCCCUGUUAAUACAAAAUAUAGUCCACUCCAGGCACCAUAAACCAGAUGAAGGUCUAUACCAGUGUGAAGCAUCACUAGGAGAUUAUGGGGCAAUUGUCAGUCGAACAGCUAAAGUUUCAGUGGCAGGGCCAUUGCGGUUUCUUUCUCAAACGGAAUCUGUCACAGCCUUCAUGGGAGACACAGUAUUACUAAAAUGUGAGGUUGUAGGGGAGCCAAUGCCAACAAUACAUUGGCAGAAGAAUGAAGAAGACCUGGUUCUAAGUCCUGGUGAUUCUCGGAUAGUUACAUUGCCCUCUGGAGCUUUACAGAUUAGCAGACUUCAACCAGGAGACAAUGGAAUCUAUCGAUGCCUUGCCAGAAAUCCAGCUAGCUCAAGAACUGGAAAUGAAGCAGAAAUUAGAAUUUUAUCAGAUCCAGGUUUACACAGACAACAGUUUUUCCUGCAGAGACCUUCCAAUGUGGUAGCUAUCGAAGGAAAAGAUGCCAUUCUAGAGUGUUGUGUUUCUGGGUAUCCUCCACCGAGUUUUACCUGGAUUCGAGGAGAGGAAGUGAUCCAAGUCAGGUCCAGAAAGUAUUCUUUAUUAGGUGGCAGCAACUUACUUAUUUCCAAUGUGACAGAUGAUGAUACUGGGACAUACACUUGUGUUGUCACCUACAAAAAUGAGAACAUCAGUGCCUCUGCAGAGCUCACAGUAUUGGUUCCACCAUGGUUUUUAAUUCACCCUUCAAAUCUCUAUGCCUAUGAGAGUAUGGACAUUGAGUUUGAGUGUGCUGUCUCGGGAAAGCCUGUGCCUACAGUGAACUGGAUGAAGAAUGGAGAUGUGGUCAUACCUAGUGAUUAUUUUCAGAUAGUGGGUGGCAGCAAUUUGCGGAUCCUUGGAGUAGUAAAGUCAGAUGAAGGUUUUUAUCAAUGUGUAGCUGAGAAUGAUGCUGGGAAUACACAGACCAGUGCCCAGCUAAUCAUCCCUGAACCUGCUACCCCAAGUUCCAGUGUCCUCCCCUCUGCACCCCGAGAUGUGGUCCCUGUCUUGGUUUCCAGUCGCUUUGUUCGUCUCAGCUGGCGUCCACCUGCAGAUGCAAGAGGGAAUAUUCAGACUUUCUCCGUCUUCUUUUCCAGAGAAGGUGACAACAGGGAGCGAGCAUUGAAUACAACCCAGCCUGGGUCCCUUCAACUUACAGUGGGAAACCUGAAGCCAGAAGCAACUUACACAUUCCGAGUUGUGGCCUAUAAUGAACGGGGACCAGGGGAGAGUUCUCAGCCUAUUAAGGUGGCCACCCAGCCUGAAUUGCAAGUCCCAGGGCCAGUUGAAAACCUGCAAGCUAUAUCUACCUCACCUACCUCAAUUCUUAUUUCCUGGGAACCCCCUGCCUAUGCAAAUGGUCCAGUCCAAGGUUACAGAUUGUUCUGUACUGAGGCUUCUACUGGAAAAGAACAGAAUAUAGAGGUUGAUGGACUGUCUUACAAGCUAGAAGGGUUGAAAAGAUUUACCGAGUAUACCCUUCGAUUUCUGGCUUAUAAUCGAUAUGGGCCAGGGGUAUCCACCGAUGAUCUCACAGUUGUGACACUUUCUGAUGUACCCAGUGCUGCCCCUCAGAACAUAUCCUUGGAAGUGGUUAAUUCAAGGAGUAUCAAAGUGAGUUGGCUACCUCCACCACCAGGUACACAAAAUGGAUUUAUUACUGGUUAUAAAAUCCGACAUAGAAAGACAACCCGCCGAGGUGAGAUGGAAACACUAGAGCCAAACAACCUCUGGUACUUGUUCACAGGACUAGAAAAAGGAAGUCAAUACAGUUUCCAAGUGGCAGCCAUGACAGUCAAUGGUACUGGUCCUUCCUCAGACUGGUAUACAGCUGAGACACCAGAGAACGAUCUUGAUGAGUCCCAAGUUCCUGACCAACCAAGCUCUCUUCAUGUCAGACCCCUGACCACCAGCAUUGUAAUGAGUUGGACCCCUCCACUCAACCCAAACAUUGUUGUCCGAGGGUACAUCAUUGGAUAUGGUGUGGGAAGCCCUUAUGCAGAGACAGUACGUGUGGACAGCAAGCAGCGGUACUAUUCCAUUGAAAAGUUAGAGCCAAGUUCCCAUUAUGUAAUCUCCCUAAAAGCCUUUAACAAUGCGGGAGAGGGAGUUCCUCUCUAUGAAAGUGCCACCACCAGAUCUAUGACAGAUCCCAUUGACCCAUUGGAAGCUGAUUUUUAUCCUUUACCUGAUGAUUUCCCUACCUCAGUCCCAGAUAUCUCCACCCCCAUGCUCCCACCAGUAGGUGUUCAGGCUGUUGCACUUACCCACGAUGCUGUGAGGGUCAGCUGGGCAGACAACUCUGUCCCUAAGAAUCAGAAAACAACUGAAGUUCGGUUUUACACCGUCCGAUGGAGGACCAGCUUUUCUGCAAGUGCAAAAUAUAAGUCAGCAGAUAUAACAUCUCUGAGUCACACAGCAACAGGCCUUAAACCAAACACUAUGUAUGAAUUCUCAGUCAUGGUAACCAAAGGUCAAAGAUCAAGUACAUGGAGUAUGACUGCGCACGCCACCACAUAUGAAGCAGCUCCAACUUCUGCACCCAAGGAUCUGACAGUCAUUACUCGGGAAGGGAAGCCUCGAGCUGUCAUUGUGAGCUGGCAGCCUCCUUUAGAAGCUAAUGGAAAAAUCACUGCUUACAUCCUCUUUUAUACUUUGGACAAAAAUACACCAAUUGAUGACUGGAUUAUGGAAUCAAUCAGUGGUGAUCGACUGACUCAUCAAAUUAUGGAUCUUAACCUUGACACUGUGUACUACUUUAGAAUCCAAGCCCGAAAUUCCAAAGGAGUGGGGCCUCUCUCUGACCCCAUUGUUUUCAGAACAUUAAAAGUGGAGCACCCUGACAAAAUGCCUAAUGACCAAGGUCGUCAUGGAGAUGGAGGUUAUUGGCCAGUUGACACAAAUUUGAUAGACAGAAGCACACUUAAUGAGCCACCGAUAGGACAGAUGCACCCCCCACAUGGCAGUGUCACUCCUCAGAAGAACAGCAACUUGCUUGUGAUCGUCGUUGUCACUGUUGGGGUCAUCACAGUAUUGGUGGUGGUGAUUGUAGCUGUGAUAUGCACCAGACGCUCUUCAGCCCAGCAAAGAAAGAAACGAGCCACCCAUAGUGCUGGUAAAAGGAAGGGAAGCCAAAAAGACCUACGGCCUCCUGAUCUUUGGAUUCAUCAUGAAGAAAUGGAGAUGAAGAACAUUGAAAAGCCGUCUGGCUCAGACCCGGCAGGAAGGGAUUCACCAAUCCAGGGUUGCCAGGACAUCACGCCAGUCAGCCACAGCCAAUCAGAAACACAGCUGGGAAGCAAGAGCACGUCCCAUUCAGGUCCUGAUGCUGAAGAAGCUGGAAGCACUAUGUCUACACUAGAGCGAUCACUUGCAGCCCGAAGAGCCACUCGGGCCAAACUGAUGAUUCCAAUGGACUCCCAGCCAAACAACCCCACUGUUGUUAGUGCCAUCCCAGUGCCAACGCUAGAAAGUGCCCAGUACCCAGGAAUCUUGCCAUCUCCAACAUGUGGAUACCCCCAUCCCCAGUUCACUCUCCGCCCUGUGCCAUUCCCAACACUUGCUGUUGAUCGAGGCUUCGGAACAGGAAGAAGUCAGUCGGUUAGUGAAGGACCAGCGCCCCAGCAACCUCCCAUGUUGCCCCAGACACAGCCUGAGCACUCCAGCAGUGAGGAGGCUCCGAGUAGGACCAUCCCCACAGCCUGUGUUCGACCCACUCAUCCACUCCGCAGCUUUGCCAACCCCUUGCUACCUCCUCCAAUGAGUGCAAUAGAACCAAAAGUCCCUUACACACCACUUUUGUCUCAGACAGGUCCUACCCUGACCAAGACUCAUGUGAAAACAGCUUCCCUCGGAUUAGCAGGAAAGGCCAGGUCUCCUUUGCUUCCCGUGUCAGUACCCACAGCCCCUGAAGUGUCUGAAGAAGGCCACAAGCAGCUGGAGGAUCCAGCCAGCGUAUAUGAGCAGGAUGAUUUGAGUGAACAAAUGGCAAGUUUGGAAGGGCUAAUGAAGCAACUCAAUGCCAUCACAGGCUCAGCCUUCUAAAAGCUGUGAAUUGAGAAGGUGGAUUAUCCAGGAUCAUGCAGCAUAUCAGGAUUUCAUUCACAGAAAGAUGUGCCCACAAACACCUGCACACACAAAACACAUCACCUGAUCCCCAGUACUGUCUAGUGAAAGGAAGAUCCUCAAGUGGUUUGGAGAGGUACAUGCCACCCAUCUAAUGCCCAUUGUGCAUCUCAAAGUUCUCGAAACGGAGACAACAACCUCAUCAACAACAAAGGAGUGUCUCGAAGCAAGAUCAAGGUUAAAGUCUCUGGAGUAUCUCUGGCCCUUGGCUUUGAUCAGCUAGCCACACAUAGUAACUACAUUUGCAUAAAUAGUGCAUCUGUUUCCCAUAAUCAGGGCCUGCAGCUCUGUAGAUUUUGUUUUGUUUUCUUUUGUUUUGUUUUUUAACUGUGUCAGUCUAGUAUUACAACAUGCAAGUGCAUUGUUUAAACCUGUUCCAUGUCAUGGUCAAAUCAGUGGAGAUCACUUGUCUUUUACUUUCAACCACAAAACACCCCUGGGAAAUUCUUACUACACAGCACCAAAGGAUUGGAUGUAUUCCCCAACAGCACAAAAAAAAAAAAUAAACAAAAACAAAAGAGACAGUGAAUGCCUAUUGUUUUAUAACUCAGUCAUUUGUCUUGCACAAGUGGUGGGUGUUAGCAAGUGGCUGUAAAAUUUCACCCAUUUUCCUCAAGUAUUUGUAUAUCCACUCUUGGUUAGCAUUUAUGUCUGGAGAACAGAAAAUAGAACAUAAAAAAUCUGCAAUGGGUGGCAUCCUGCCAGCUACAGUGCAUUUUUGGAAAGAGGAUACAAUAUGCAAUCUUCUCACACACACGGUAAUUAUGAGCUUAAGCUUGUAAUAGAACACUUUUCAACAUGGGUGGCUUUGGGGCCAUACCACACUGUGAUGACAUUUCAAAGCUUCACCAAGGCCAUCCUUCUUCAGGCGCCCAGGCAGGACUGAAGGCCUUCCUUCUUCCCCAGAGACUCUGUCCUCCCCAAAAGAUGGCUGACUUCAUAAUCUGCCUGGCAAGGAUACCAGUGAUCUCUUCACUCCUUGUCAGAAACAGCAAACUGAUGAAGUGCAGACCGGAAGGAAGCCAAGGCAGAGCUCUUCACUCAAGAGGACUGCCUCCUUGGGCCCUUCUUGAUUCUCCUGACAGGUCACUGAAACAACUGGACCCGGCCACACAUUGGCCAAUGGUGACCACUGAGGCCUAUUGCUGUGAUGAGCUCCAGGCUGUCAGGGAGUAGAGGGAAAGGCCCCAUUUGACACUUAUGAAACUUCAUAAAUCCAAUGGAUCCUUUUCAAAGUUGUGUCUCAUGAUUCAGGAGGUAUUUCCGAGUGGCAUCUUCAUUCUCUGCUAGAAUUUUAACUUUAUAUUACCGUGUUUAUCAACAACUUUUAACUGGUUGAAUUAAGAACAUUUUGUGUGUACACUUUCAGUUGCUGAAUUUUUAGCCGGCAUUCAAAGUUAAUCCCUGUUUAUGCAGCUGAAUCACCAAAAGGGAGCUAAUUUGCAUAUUUAUCAGUUAGGAGAGAGCAAAACCCAAUAAGAAAGUUUCAGCUGAAUUAUUCCAUUCAGCGCUGCCUUUGAUUUCAAGCUUGAGUGGGUCAUAAUUUUAAAGGAGCAUGGAAGGGAUAGGAUCUUUACAACCUAAUAGCUCCUUUUAUUAGGUGGGUAAUUAUAUACGAAUCCCUGAAUGAAAUAUUUUGAGCAAAAUGGCAACGUAACGGAAGUAAUAAUUCAGAUUAUUUUUUUACAGUUUUACGUCAGGAAGGAAAUCUGAUGUCAAAGAGAGAGCUCAUUCAAAUCAUUCAUUAGAAAAUCUGAUCCUUUUGUGAAAUUGUUCCUUCAACAAGAGUGCUGGUUGUUUUUCAAUUUGCUAAAAUUUUAUUUAAGUCCUUCUUAAGAAUUAAGUAGUAUUACCUGUAUGAGGGCAUUUGCUCCUAUUUUUGUUGACAUCAGGGGCAUUUGGGAUUCUGGAAGUCUGGUCCUUUGGAGUGGGGCAUUCCCCAUGCAAGCAUUCAAUCUCUUCAGAAUCGACCAACCACUUUGAUAUAAAGAUAAUAAUAGAGAUACCUUGUGUCCUUAAUAGAGUCCCUUAUUCCCCUAGGACAGCCUUCCUUUUAAAGUCAUAGCAUAGCAGUAUGACUUUAAAGGUACCUAAUCCCACCAAGAUGAUGUCCUCAGUCUUCAAGAUUUGUUUGGUCCCACAUCUUGAAUCCAAGGCAUUUAGCUAUCUACUAUGUCAGAUGAACAUAACCAGUUCAAGAGAACUGGCUAGCAUCUUCAUAAAAAUUCUCAGUACCUCCAAUCCAGGCCAGUCAUCUUUGGAAAUGAGAUGGAAAGGUGAGAACAAUUCAGAUCUUUUUGAUUUGGUUUUGGAUGAGUUCUGGAUAUGGGAGACAGUUUGGAGAAUUUGUUUCAGAGGCCUUGUGUUUUCUAAAUGUUCUUGGUCCUUGUUCAUAUAUUUUUUUUUAAACAUUAAAAUGUUUUUUGUGGUAGUGGUAAAGUCUCACUAAACAGUAGUAAAAUAAGUGUCCGUGCCAGGCCUUAGUGUAGAGGACAAGUCAAAGAGUAUGACCGUGAGAUACAAAUUCUUUAAGCCCCAAAUCCAUAUGGCUGAUGUAGCAUAUGUAGAACUGUGGUUCCCCAAACCGUUCCUGGAAGGCUACAGCUUACCUACUCAGGGUUUUCAGGUAACUCUUUAAUUUUCCCAGUCCCCUAAUCUCUUGACAAGAAGUAACCUGUGAAUGGUGGAAGUGACCUCUGUUACGCUCCAGCUCCCAACUGAGUUUAGGCAGUAUCAGACUUUUCAGACCUAUAAAUCUCUGAGUCCCAUAGGGUUCCACUUGACAGCUAAGCCAGAUACUCCAGCACUGGGACUUAAAUACAGCUUGGCAGUGUGCCCUUUAACCCCACAUUCACAGAAGCCAAACUAUCAGGCAAGCCCCUAUUUCUGAGUACUUUCCUACUUUUACCCAAUAGGAAAGGUUUUCCCAAGAAACUUCUAUGUAUGUCACAGACAAGCAAAUAUAGAGAGCUCAAAAUAAGUAAAGUGCUUUCCAGUGGUAUGGUACCAGAAGUUAAAUAGUUCUUUGUAAUGUACAUUCAGUACCUACCCAGCUGUAGUGCUUCUGUUCAUAUAACAGAAACGUAAUCUACUGACAUACUUAAAGUGUACACUGGAACUAAAUCAGAAAGACCUUUAUGCACCAUAACUUUAAACCCUAAUAAAUUUGAGGAAAACAAAUCAGCUUAGGACCCUAAGAGGUGAAUUUAUAAUGGCUACAAUGUCUUGUGAUGGAAAUAGAAUCUGCUAGUCCCUUUAAGUAAAUUGUAAUGCGUAUCAGUGGGCUGUUUGGUGGCUUGCCCUGGUGGAAACAAAUGGAAUUUUUAGCUUCAUGACAAUAGCCACUUAGCUUGAACUCAGAGUUCAUAGUCAACAUUUAGGACCGUAAAGCUUGGUUCUUUGCUUUUCUAAUCAAGGGCCCACAGUACAGGGGACCCACUGAGGCUGCCCAGGAGGCUACUAUUGCCUAUUCUUGAUAUUGGCUCAUUCGGUUGGAUUCAACAGAAUGAGCUUCCAAAAUCUUGCUACAACUUAAUAGAGGAGUGCUAAGAUGGCAACUGGGUUGCAAUUCGCAGAAAACCAGGCUGCCUCCAAAGUCCUGCCUGAAUAAAAAAAGGAGUCCAGAUUUAGCAUUCCCUGCAGUGUGUCCACUUGUACUUUAUGAACAAGCCAGGAAAAAGAAGACAGUGCACAGCCUCACAGCUGUAUCUGUAUGUUUUUGGUUUUCUUUUUGCUUUUUUUGGUUUUUACAGCAAAAAUCAACUUUCAUGAGCUUCCAGACAGAUCCAAAGCAGGGUCUAGUCCCCUGCUUUUGUCCUAAAUCAUUUCAUGACGCCCUCAUUACUGAGAUGCCCAGAUUGGUAUUCUGCCUCUGCCUACUGCCAAUGCAAAAAAGAUCUCACAAAAUGCUAGAAACUCAAAAGCAGUUCAUAAAAUCAAAUCUGCACAAGAAUUCCUUUGUUGUCAUUUCUAGAACAAUAUGUUGCAUAGCUGUUUACAGUUGGUAUUACUAUGGUGACUUGCAGAAGUGACUUUUAUAUUGCACUGGAAACCUUUCACCCAGUGAGCCCAAUAUUAAAGUCUCAAAUGUAAUAUUUUGGAAAGUCACAGGUAGGGCACCCAGUGCUGUCAUAUUCCAUUGCAUCCCAAAGCACUGGUAUCCAUGGAUCAAAAUACUUUGUUAUCCAAAUAUUCAAUUUCAAAAUGUAUUGCUUCUGAAAUGGAAUGCCAGGGUGUUCUGUGCCGAGUGAAGCUAUACAGGAGACAAAGCCCAUGCCCAGAAAAGCAAUUCAAUAUUAUUACUUCCAUUCUGGAGUCUCUUAUGUCUCCAUCUCUGGUGACUAAUUUUUGCCAGGUCUGACUUCUGGUGUGCUCUCUGAAGGCUUUCUCUCCCCUUGCUCUCAGUAGAGACCAUUCAUUUAAGCAUUGUCAUUCCAUUUUGUUUCAUUUUACUUUUGGCUGGACUGGAGAGCAGCAAUCACCAGCGGCCUAAUGUCAUGAGCAAAAUGUCAUGGGGCUGAUGGAUCUCACUGUAUGCUGUACAUGUACUUUCAAAUGCAAGCAAGCAAUGUUGGGGAGAGGAGGAGG